AUGAUUGGAAGUUGUGGGUUGAUUGGGAUAAGUAGCGCCAAACUGUAUUGUGAAAAACUGUUAAAUUCAAGUAAUUUAUGUAGGAUUCAUCAGUAUUUACGGAUUAUUAACAAUUCCCGAUCGUAAGUAUCCGAAUAUCCAAAUACAGCAGAGUAUUGUCUUAAACUUAUCGUUCACAUCAUUUUCAAUAUGCAAUAAUAUUUGUACCAACAUACUUAACUUAUAGUUAAUAGUCAUUCUUCGCACUCGUAUUGGAUCUCAUAGUCUUACAAGUUAUUUCACGAAAAUGUAGUUACUGAUCAACUACCUAUAAAGAGUAAUAAUAUCACUAGUUAGUAUUAUUGCCUAAUACCUUUAUAUAUAAUACCUAAGCACUCCACAUCGUUAUUUCUCUAAUUUCGCUCGUUCUUAUAAUAUAUCUUUUACAAUUACUUCCAGACAUCUUCUCUUUUUUCUUCUAUAGGAAUCAACUUCUUCCAUCUUCACUUAACUUACCUAUCUUUUUGAUCAUUUUUCAUUCAAUAUUUCAAGAUUGGUUCCUCUUAUUCUAUCUGCAAUAGCUGCAGCCAAUAUAAGCUAUAUAGCGUAUUAUACUUAUAUUAUCAACUACCUACUUAUUUUAUAUUUUAUCUCUAAUAUCCUAUAAUGCACAUCCAGCUUGAAUUCUCAUUUUGCUACUUCAAUUUAAUGUCCAACAUUUGGACCCAUAGGUGGGUGCAUCAUCCCCAAACGUGACAUAAAACAUUUCUUUCAUGACAACACUCCCUGUAUCACAUCCAUUUAAAAGAUAAUUUCAUCUGGUUACUUUAUAUACUCAGAUACAUGUUUAUAAUAUGGGUAGGUAAUUAUAUAGGUAUGUCCGGUAUGUCUAUGCCGAAAUGAUAUAUGUAGAGGAAAAGAAAAUAUUCAUCGGAGGUACAGUGUCUGCGGUAACCAACAACGUGUCUGUAAAUGUUUCCAAACAUCAAAAGCUGCCACACGAUUUCACAGUUAUUGAUCGUCAAAUAGUCCGCAUUGUUGGAACUGGUGAUCGCAUGGACGCGACAGUCUCUCAAACUUAUUUGGAUACCAAGUCCGAUGUUACCCAAGUAAAACACUAUACCUAAACACUUACUACCUGCAACUAGUUACUAGAAUAUAUAAAAAAAACCUCCAAUAUUGUACAUAUUUAACAAAUUUUAUUACAAAAUUUAAAACUUGCUUAUUGUAGAGAUCUGUCUUAAAAGAUUGUAUACAAUGACAUCUAAUGAAUAUAAAUUAACUGAAUCUCUUUUUUCAGAAUUUAGUAUUAUAUUUUUAACUGCCAACAACCAUAAUUCUGGUUGAAAUGGACAUGUUCAAUAUUGCACAGAUAAAACUGUUUUAGCAUAAGAUUUAUAUAAAUUUAAAAUACUACAUGUAUUGUAUAGUAUGUCAAUGUUAGAAUUAAAGGGUCAUCAUAGCAUUUCAUUUUAACUAAUACAUAUCUUGGCAAACUAAUUCAAAAUGGAUUAUUAGGCUGGAGACAUCAGAGUUAAAUGAAUUGAGAUAGUUCUAAAAAUGGUUUUUUUUAAGCCCAAAGCUUUGUAAGAAACAAAUAUAAACUUUAAUUAAACUUUAUAGAGUAGUUAAUUUAAUAUAAACCAAAACUUCAAUAACCUUACUAUUCUGUUAAUACUUUAUAUCUUUUAUUGUAUAUUACAUUAUAUUCUAUUAGUGUUAUAUGUAAACCACAUGAUAAAUUAAUUAAUUAAUCUUGAUUUUUAGUAAAUAGUAUGAAAUAAUUCCUGUAGGUUUACUAAUCUAAUAUAAGUAUUUCAAGAUAGAAAACUUAAAUUAUAAACCAGAUAUAAAAUAACAUAAAAAUUGGUAAGUGAUCAAUAUUUUUAAAUGAACUUCUUAAAAUGAAGAGAUAAUUAAAAACACUGAAAGGUAAAUUAUGCAAAUUACACCUCUCCAUUAUGUUAUACCAUAAAUUAAUAAUCAGAGUUCCGUUGAAUUGUUUAGUUCCAGAAAGAAAUGUAUUAGAUAACUUGUAUUAUAGGUACUAUGGUGUACACUUGGAUACAUAAAUUGUCUGGUAGUUACCAGUUCAGAAGGUGUAAUCAUUUAUGAUUGUGAUCAACAAUUCAAACGCAUAUUCUUUCACAAUUGUGAAGAUAAAAACAUGAAAGAGAAAUAUGCCAAAGGGAUAGCUACAUUUGAAUGUACUUAUUUAUGUGUUGGUAUGUGGGUAAUUAGCUUCAGUAUAAAAAAUUACAAUUUUUAAAAAUUAUUGUACUCAUAUAUAUUCAGGAAACAGUAACGGAACUAUCAGGACUUUUGGUCCUGAUGAAGACGGUCAAGUAGUAUUUUUGGACCGUAAAUUGAUUCAUGGAGCACCUAUUACAGAUAUGUCAGCAUAUAAACAGAACUUGGUAUCGUGUGAUGAGUCCGGUUGUACAGUACUUUCCAAACUUGAUAGUGGAGAACUUAUGAUUAUAGCUAGGUCUAAAAUAUUUGAAGGGUUGGUAAAAGAUAAUGAAAAAUAAGAACUCUUUUAUUUUUAAAAAACAUUGAUAGCCUGACAUUAACUUAUGUUUUUAGACAACCGUGUACUACUACAGAAAUAACAAGAACUGGAUUAAUAACUGUAGGUUAUGGAUGUGGAAGAAUUAGAAUAUUUGAUCAAACUAUAAGAGUAGCAAAUAAUGAUGCUGAAGAUCAUUUUCCAAUGAUAAUUCAGGUAUCUGCACAUGCUCGCAGUAUAACGUCCAUGUCUGCUGCAAAAGAUACAGAUUUGUUAUUAACUGUAUCUGAAGACUCGUGGAUAAGAGUUUGGAAACUUAACUCUACAGUAAUUGCCGAUGAAUUAUUUUGUUUGGAACUUAUAUUUUAUGAUAAAUUUCAAAAUUUUAGACAAUUACAUUAGCAUAUUGUUAUACAAAAGAGGAUACACUGUUUAUGGGAUGUCAAUUUAUCACCAGAAAUGGAUCAAAGUUUUGUACAACAGCAUAUGAUUCAUCUUACAUUACAUGUUAUGCAUUAAAUCAGUUGAAGGAUAUGUAA